GAACUAUCAACUUAGGGUUUUCUCUUCGACUCUUGGAUCGUUCGACGGCCAGUGAAGAAUCUAGGGUUCUCGAACGACGAUUCGGACUUUCAGUAAUCGGCAUUAGUUCAAGAAGCAAUCGGCGGGCAUCUUAUUCUUUCUGUUCUUCAUUCUUUUGGUUGUUCGGCUAACUGUAACGGCGGAGGAUUCUGAUUGAAGCGGAAUGGAUCAUUCUUAUGGAGGGAGUGGAAGCUGGUCAAUGAUCCCCAACAUUUCUGUCCAUGGAAGCCCAGCUACUCCCUCAAGCCAAGAUCAUCUCUAUCUUCAACAACAACAACAACAACAACAGUUGCAACAACAGCAGCAGCAGCAACAACAAUUUAAGCAAUUCCAACAACAACAUUUCCACCAACUUCAACAACAAUCACAACAGUUUCUCCAACAACAACAACAACAAUUUCAACCACAACAGGAGCAACAUCAUCAACAACAACAACAUUCACCAUUACAGUUGCAACAGCAACAACAAUCACCAUUACAGUUGCAGCAGUCACCAUUGCAAAUGCAACAACAACAACAAUCGCCAUUGCAGUUGCAACAACAACAACAACAAUCGCCAAUGCAGGUGCAAGUGCAAGUGCAACAACAGCAGCAACAAUCGCCAUUGCAAUUGCAACAACAACAAAGAUAUCAUCUGCAACAAGUUCAACAACAGCAACAGCAGCAGCCACUCGCUUCUCAAUUCCAUCUCCUUCACUUGGUGGAGAAUUUAGCAGACGUGAUUGAUAAUGGAACCCGCGAUCAGCAUUCUGAUUCAUUGGUGAAUGAAUUGAACAAUCAGUUUGAGAAGUGCCAACAGCUUCUCAACUCUAUAUCAGGGUCGAUUAAUGGAAAAGCAAUGACAGUUGAAGGUCAGAAAUGCGAAUUGGAAGAGAGUGAAAGGAUGCUAGCUCAGCGGAAGGAGCUUAUUGCCAAGUACAGAUCUUCUGUUGAGGAGCUUAUGAAGUCUGAUGCAUAAGUCACUUUUCAUUCUCUUUAUUGGUGAGGUAUGAAGAUCUUUUUUUUUUGUUUCUAGUGAAACAAAUCUAAGUAUUAUUGUCAUGUAAUUGAAUAAUUGAGUUUAUUGAAAAUUUGUAUGUAUUGGGUUUUGAUUUGGCAUAUUGCAACUUAUUUAGAAGUUUGUCACAAAAUUCUAUUGGUAAAUUGUUAAAGGGAAAAUUGAAUGUGAUUUUUUUUUGGAUUAUUAUUUCAAUUUGUU